CGCACGCAACGGAACCACCCGUGUCUAACAUUACAGCAAACCUUGGAGUUCCAAGACUUGUGUCAAACGAUUCAUUCUAAGUUUAGCAGUGAGCAUUCAUGCACAUUACAUUCAGCACAAAAUCAAAUAUAUUUUGAUAUCAUGAAACUAAAAUAGUGAUUUCAAAUAAGUGCUAGCCAAGCCGUAUUCUUUACAAUUUUUUCAUUCGUUCUAUCGAUAAAAAUGGGCAAAUUUUAUUUGCAUGUGCUUUUCAUUGUGAUACUGAUCUUGAAUAUUGAUUCCCAGUUCAAAAUAAGUGCUUCGCCGCAAUUAGAUAUACCGUUAAAUCAUACCAGAGGUUUAACGUCAGUUGAAAAUCAAAGACGUAUCCAAACAAAUAGUCAUACGGACAAGGAACUCAAUGAUUCAGUAGCUAAAGAUAAAGAACAAUCCAAUGAAAUUAGUAUCGGAGAUACUUUGCACUAUGACCGGGAUCGAAGUCAACGCUACGGUCCACCAUAUUCAGAGGAAAAUGAUCGCCAUUACUACUAUAACAAUGAAAACCACGAUGAGAAUUACAAGUCUCGAUACUUGAACCGAAAUUUAAAUGGAGAAAAUGAAGGUGUAGAUGAUGAUGAUGAUGAUAAGUAUUACACUCAACCCCGAUCACCUUAUUACAUCAGCGAAAAACAACGAAAUCACUUGGGAUACCGAGACUAUUAUUCGACUUACAACGGAAACUAUAAUCGAUACGGAAAUAAUAAUCCAUAUGAUGGAAAUCUGUAUGACGAUAGAAAUUCGUUUAACGGUGAUAGAAAUUUGUAUAAUGACGAUAGAAAAACCCGCAUUAAUAAUAAUCCGAGAUACGACAACGACGACGAUAAUUACAGCGACCGAAAUAGGUACUCAAACAGGGAUUAUGAACAAUAUCGUCUUGACUUAGAACGGAAAAACAGAGUUGAAGAUGCAAAUUUAAGGCGUAUUCUUGCUGACGUAGAUAAACUAUCGUCAUCUGAGUGUUUUCUCAAUGUUGGUGCACAAUGGAGCUUCGAAACAAACGUCAAUGAAGCCACACAACAAGAAUCCAUUUUAGCUCAGCAACGAUAUUCACAAUUUCAGAGAGAAUUGUGGGAAAAAAUCCAAACGAUUGAUAAGAGUCAUAUAUACGAUGAUAAAUUGUAUCGGCAAGUACGAUUCAUGUCAAUCAUUGGGCCGAAUGCUCUUCCACCUGAUCAGUUCGAUCGCGUAAGUUAAGUGGAGUUUAGAAUAAGAAACACAGAUUUCAGCUAGUUUUGGUCAGACAUUUCGUGUUGCUUAAUAUCGAGCGCGGCUUUUGUAUU